AUGGCUCCUGGGUCGAGCCAAGCCGGCUCGGGUAAGAAGAACACGGCCGCGAUGCCCAAGCAGAGCCGCAAUUCCACUCCCGCGCCUGCGCCCCCGGCCAGUUUACCUCCACAAGAAUUCUACGACCCAGAUUAUCUCAACACGAGAGUCAUCCUGUUUCGGAAUCUAAGCUACGAUGAUUUGGUUGAUCAAAGCGCCGUCAAUGCGACGGUUCCCGACUCUAGGAGCGUCGAUGCUAUGCUUGAGAAGCUCAAGAACCUCGUUAGCAUAAUGGAAAAGCGAUCUACUUUUUACGAUCGCGGCAUGCGGCACCUUGCGGACGAGCGAAAGAAGAGGCCGGAAGAUUACGAUAUGCGCAUGGAUGGGGAGCAGGAGAGUAAACGGUCCAAGCACAAGAGAAAGAAAGGUUCCGAUUCUCAAGCUCAAGAUGAUCAAUCGUCGCCGGUCAAAGAUGCAAAGCGCAAGCACUCUCGAGGCGGCUCCGCGAGCUCCUCAUUAUCCCCGCCAGCUGCAGGCUCCCCAUCUGCGAUGGACGUCGAUAAAAAAGCAAAAGAAGAGGUCAAGGAAGAGGACGAUGAUGAUGAAUCGAGCUCUGACGAUGAAGGCGCGCCACCGAAACGGCAACUCCCGGCUGCACAAACUUUUGGCGAAGAUCCUUCCACAUUUCCCGAUCCAACCGUCUACGAAAUCCUACCUGUCCACGAAGGCAUGACCGAUGAGGAAAAGAAGGAAAUAUACUCUGUGGCCGUCUAUCCCAAAACCGACCUUUCGAACCUCAUUCCGGGAGAGCCACCUGACAACGACUUCAGCAGCGCCAAACCCAGCAGUCAAAUCAAUUUCUCCACAUUCUCGACAUAUGUCGAUCCGUACUUUCGGCCAUUUUCGGAGGAAGAGCUGGCGUUUUUACGAGAGCGAGGCGACCGCGUUACACCAUUCGUCAUGCCCAAGAGGGGCAAGAGGCACUAUACCGAGGUUUGGGCGGAAGAGGAUGGAGCCAUGUCCAUCGACUCACCGCAGCAAGGGCGAGAUAAACUGCCCCCAAACCAGCCCAGAGGUAGCAUAGACAACAUGACGGACAGCAUAGGAGAGACGGAUUCCUUGUCGAUAGGGCCACUGGCAUCACGGUUACUCCAGUUGUUGCGACCCGAGGGUCGUUCCCAACCGCCCGAUGACAAGCCAACGACAAACGGCAUUACCAAUGGUGAUACUUCGAUGAAUGGUGAUGUUAAUGGAGAAGAGCCAAACGGAGAAGAGAAAACAAAUCCCCUUCCGCCGGCUACAUUUAUGACGGAAUCAUCUACGGAGGCGUGGAAGAAGGCAACGCACCCCAAACUUGAGUAUGCGCAGGUCGAUGAGCGUCUGAAGCAGGAACUGAGACACAUUGGCUUCCUUCCGCAAGAGGUUUUUGAGAGCGAGUACGAUGGGCAUUAUGACGACGAGGUGGCAGGCAGGCUGCGACUGUUACAGUCCCGGCUGAAGGAGCAAAUGCUGAUUAAUGGGGCUCGCAAAGCACGGUUAACGGAAUUGGUUCGCGAACGAAUGGCGCAUCAAGAGUACCAGACAAUUCUAGAAGAUCUCGACUCCCAGGUUCAGGCGGCAUAUCUUAAGCGCACGCGCACAAUGGGCAAGAGCAAGAAGACGAAACGGCCAGGGGGAGCAGGUGGUGGCAGUCACUUCGUGGGCGGCGCCGCAGGAACAGCACGACCAGGCAUCGGAGAUCAAACCAAGACACUGAUGGAGCGGAGGAAGCGCUGGAUCGAUACCAUCGGGUCUGUGUUUGAUGAUGAGAAUCUGGGCAAGGUCCCGAGACAAAAGGAUCCCGAUAGCUCCAUCUUUAAACCGGAAAUAAUGGGAGACUUAAUCAAGAAGGAGAAGGAGCAAUGGGACGAAGAAGUUGAGGAAGAAUAA